AGUGCAAAUUCAUGCAGUGCCAGUAAGGAUAGACGAACGCUGUGUGAAUCAAAAAUAUCAGCAGCUCGACGGAUACAAUUAAUAGGAAUGUUUCAUACGUACAAGUCACUGUUGUCAUUGAAUCAAACAAUUACGAUCGGCGGGCAUAUGACAAUUCCGGGUUUAGAAAUGUACUAUAAACGUGACUGUGAUUUAAAAGGAUUCAAGAACUGUCAAAAACGUGACUGGUUGGAUGAUAAACGAUGGUGUUUCAACAGCAGACAACAAGAUUACCUAUUGAAAUACAGUCAAGAUGUUUUAAAAACGCAAUCACCCAUGAAAUACGUGUCCCCAAUUGUCGAUGAGAAUUGGAAAUUAUUGCCAUUCCCAAAUUUACUUAAUGUUACGAUUUUAAGCGUUAAACCAUUGAAAUCGUGUAAUAAAACUCGCCAACCAAUAGCAUGUCAUAUGAUGUUAGAAAACAGUUGCUUAUUUUAUAUGUGCCAUACAAACAAUGAGACAAAGUUAAUACAAUUGACAAUUGGAUAUGAGAAGUUAACAGUUGAUUUAAUCAUGAUGUGUCAUUUAGAAUCAAUUGCACAUUAUAAAAUUGAAGAUCGAAUACAUUUCAUGUUGAAACAAAAUGGUGGUCAGGAUACCAUAUGCCAUUUUGCAAAUCCACAAACAAAUUUCUUUCUAUGUGAAAAAUAG